AGGCUGGGACUGGAACAUGUACAACCGGACCCACUACGACCACGACAACCCCCCGCCCAAGACCGUCCAAGGUUACAAAUUUAACGUCUUUUAUCCUGACCUGAUCGACAAGACGAAGGCCCCGACCUUUUUUAUGGAGAGGUGCGAUAAUCCCGAAUUUACGAUAAUUCGCUUUCACGCCGGGCCGCCCUAUGAGGACGUGGCGUUUAAAAUUCUGAAUAAGGAGUGGGAGAAGAGCCACAAGCGAGGAUUCAAGUGUCUUUUUGAACGGGGAAUCCUCUCUCUGUACUUUAAUUUCAAGAGAGCUCGCUACCGUCGUUAAAGUGUAGAAGGCACGUAACGUUGCAAAAAUGAUAGAAAGACGAAGAAUCAUGCAGGGAAGUGCAAGAAACGACAAAAGAACGAGCAACACAACAUUUGCGAAUAAAAUAAAAUAUUAGAAACCCAAUACAUAAAUCCAUA